AUGGCGAUGUAUAAGGAUUCUUACUGCACUAAAUUCAUAGCUUGGACUAAAGCUUAUAUACGACACAUUAUUUUGUCUUUUGCAAGAUUCAGUGAUCCAUGUUCUGAUAUUGAUGUUUUUGAGACAGCCAAAUUUCCAAGAACUUUCUUGCCGAUCAAUUAUAGAGAUUGUCCAUUCAACAACGAAAAGGCACCACGUAUUAUAGUGUCUAUGCUUAAGUACUUGAGAGUUUUAAAUUUUAGUAACUUCCAAGGUGAGCUUGUUCUGCCUGAUUCAAUCGGUGAAUUGAUUCAUUUGCGUUAUUUAAAUCUCAAUGGUACAUCUAUAGCAAUGCUGCCAGAAUCAUUGUGUAAUCUGUACAAUCUACAAACUUUGAAGUUGGGUUUUUGCUAUAAUCUGAUUGAGUUACCUAGAAACAUUCAAAAUCUUGUAAACUUGCGUCAUCUUCAAAUUUUUAGUCCUUUCAUAAAAGAAAUGCCUAAAAGAAUGGGGAAACUAAAUCAAUUACACGACUUGGAUUGUUAUGUUGUGGGCAAGGAUAAAGAGAAUAGCAUUAAAGAACUGGGAGGACUUCCAAAUCUCCAUGGUUCGUUUUCUAUUAUGAAAUUAGAGAAUGUUACCAAAGGUGAAGAAGCACUAGAGGCCAGGAUAAUGGAUAAGAAGCACAUUACCUGUCUAUAUUUGAUGUGGUCUCCUAAUGAUGAUAUCAUCGACUUCCAAAUUGAAUUAGAUGUACUCAGCAAGUUACAACCUCACCAAGAUCUGAAAUCGCUGAAAAUAAGUGGUUAUAGAGGAACAAGAUUUCCAGAAUGGGUGGGAAAUUUUUCUUAUCAAAAUAUAACUAGUCUAAAUUUAGAACGUUGUAACAACUGUUGCAUGCUUCCUUCACUUGGGCAAUUACCGUCUCUCAGUAACCUUGUUAUUUCAAACAUGAAUUUGGUAAAGGCUAUUGAUGCAGGCUUUUAUAAGAAGGAUGGUUGUUCAUCUGUGACGCCCUUUCCAUCCCUUGAAUAUCUAUCCUUUUAUAAUAUGCCUUGUUGGGAGGUGUGGAAUGCUUUUGAUUCAGAAGCUUUUCCUGUGCUCGAGGAUCUUCAUAUUACAAACUGCCCCAACCUAAGGGGAUAUUUGCCAAAAUAUCUACGUGCUCUGAAAACACUCUGCAUUGAAAAUUGUGAGCUUCUUGUUUCUUCUGUCCCAAUGGCUCCCACCCUUCGGAAGUUAAACAUAGGUAAGAGUAACAAAGUAGCGUUUCAUGAGUUUCCUCAUUUGGUAAAAGAUUUAAGGAUAGAAGGAAGGCCAGUGGUAGAGUUCAUGAUGGAGGCCAUCACUAACAUCCAACCUACCUCCCUGCAAUCAUUAAGUUUGUGGAAUUGUUCCACAGCCAUAUCGUUUCCAGGUGAUCGUCUUCCUGCAUCGCUGAAAAGUCUGUAUAUCCGUGGUUUAAAGAAGCUGAAAUUUCCGGUGCAACACAAACACGAAUUACUGGAGUCACUAACAAUGAUUAAUAGUUGUGAUUCCCUGAAGUCUCUCCCACUGAUUAACUUUCCAAAUCUCAUAGAUCUUAAAAUCGAAGACUGUGAAAAUAUGGAGUCACUUUUGGUCUUAGGGUCAGAGUCGUUGAAGAGUCUGAAUUAUUUUGAGAUAGGUCGUUGCCCCAACUUUGCAUCAUUCCCGGGAGAAGGAUUGUGUAUGCCCAAUUUGACUCGUUUCAUUAUUUAUGAUUGUGACAAGUUGAAGACAUUGCCCGAUCAGAUGGAAACUGUUUUCCCAAAGAUGGAAUAUCUUCACAUAUCCAACUGUCAACAAAUUGAGUCAUUCCCUGGAGGAGGUAUGCCACCUAACUUGAGAACAUUUUAUAUAAAAAAUUGUGUGAAACUACUGAGCAACCAAGCAUGGGAAUGCAUGGACAUGGUUACCUCUCUCGAAGUGUGGGGUCCAUGUGAGGGCAUCAAAUCCUUCCCAAAGGAAAGUUUGCUGCCUCCCUCCCUUGUGUCUCUGCAUCUAUAUGCUUUGUCUAGUCUGGAAACGUUGGAUUGCAAGGGGCUUCUCCAUCUCACAUCACUCCAACAAUUAGACAUUGUAAAGUGUCAAAAGCUGGAGAAUAUUGCGGGAGAAAAGCUGCCUCUCUCUCUAAAAGAAUUAAACAUGUGUGAAUGUCCCUUGCUGAAACAACGAUGCCACAAAAAGGACCGUCAAAUGUGGCCUAAAAUCUGCCAUGUCCGUCGCAUAAAGAUUGACUAUAGAUGGAUUUAACGAGCAUGGAUGAUGAGAAGAUGAAGAUGGCAGAGUGGCUGAGAUAAGGGGAGAGGGGGCAAUGAAAAAUCCAAAAGAAUAACACCGAUCAAUUACAGUGUCAGGAGUAUAGCACCUGGAAAAACAUCAGCAUGCAGGCACUAAGUAAUGAGGGCUGGGAUAGUGUUCAAAAGGAAACUGAAGAAGACGAGGAAUCACCAUUUUCACAAAGCUUUUGGUGCUCAGUAUCAGAGUCGAGAUGGUGGUUUAAUCAGACUUUCAUCAAACUUCAAGAAGAAACGGUUGGAACCCUAGCAAUUCAGGUUUAUUUGAAGGGAGUGAGUCAUUUUUUAUGAUUACAACAUUGUUGGGUCUACGACAGGAUGUAUGUUUGGUUUCCCGUUUGCAAGACACCAAACAAAAGUUCAUGCUUUUAGAAACUGAAAAUAGAGAAGUACUUUUAUGUUGUGAGUGAAAAGCUUCCAAAACACCCAAAAACUCUGACUUAAAAUUUGAAGAACUGAAACUCUAAAUUCUAAGAACACACUGUAAUACUGAAGUAUUUAAA